AGUGGGAAAAGAAGGAGGGGAGGGGAAGGGAAGGGAGGGGUCGAGGACAGGAGAGUGAUGGCCGCGCAACUCCCCAUAGUGGCCGCUACGGCCGCCGCUCCCGCGACGGCGAGAAACAGCAAGAAAAGGCCAGCCAGCCCAGCGAACAACGGCAGCAGCAAGAAGAAGAAAGUGGGGGCCGCCGGCUUUCCCCAGGGUGUCAGCAUGGAGACUCUGAAUGAGAAUAAGGUAGUGACCCCUGACUUUAGCACAGGACCUGUGGAAGCCACUCCCAAGCCUUUACCAUUUAAGGAUCCCAACUUUGUGCACUCAGGCAUUGGGGGAGCAGUAGCAGGCAAGAAGAACAGGACCUGGAAGAACCUAAAACAGAUUCUUGCUUCUGAAAGGGCAUUGCCAUGGCAACUCAACGAUCCUAGCUACUUCAAUAUAGAUGCUCCUCCUUCCUUUAAACCAGCCAGGAAGUAUUCUGAUAUUUCAGGACUUGUUGCAAACUAUACAGAUCCACAGAGCAAGUUAAGAUUCAGCACGAUUGAAGAAUUUGCUUACAUUCGGAUGCUCCCUUCAGAUGUAGUUACUGGCUACCUGGCCCUGAGAAAGGCCACAAGCAUAGUUCCCUAGGCCUGGGGAAAUUUCUGAGGGGAAGCUUGGAACUUUUUCAAAGGCAGACUUUGGACUCAAGAUUUUGUUUCCAGGAAACAUUCAUAUUGUUGUCAAUCUGAAAAUGCCAGUAUUGUGCCUUGGAAAGAAUGUUUGGUUUUCAUAAAAUUUAAGAUUUUUCUUUAUUUGCUUUUUUAGAAGUUUGACAUUUUCAGCUAAAUUAAAUACUAGCACAUUUUGGGUUUGCCCCAAGUAUUUGACAAGGAAAAUGUAAUAAAACAUUUUUUAUUUAUUUCAGUAGUUGGUUCAGCCCAAGCAUUUUUUUGAGCUUUUGCCCCCCAGUACAUGAUAGCUUUCUUAUAUAAUAUCCAUAACAUUUCCAUAUAAUUAAAAAUAAGUGUCAUUAAUACCUUUUGUUUUACAGCAAUCAUUUUUGUGUAUUGUAUCCUUCCUUCCUCCCUAAAUCAGUUGAAGCCUUAAUUUUAACAAAGAAGACAUGGUAAGCAAAAAUAAUGGCAAGAACAGUGACUACAACUGACAACGUAUCAAAUGUUCUGCUUUCAUAGGCUCCCACUUCAGAGCAGGACGAAGAAGACUUUAUUUCUUCAUCUGCUCUCCUACAAUAUCGUUGGUUUACACUUGCUCAGAGCUUGGCUUCCCUUUAAUGGUCUUUUCAUUUCCCUUGCUUUAGUCAUUGUAUUUUAUAUCAUUUUAAAAUAGGUCAUGUAGGAACCAAAAGGCUUUCAUUGUCUUGGAACUAUAUACUUGAGAACACUGUGUUCCAGUUCCUCUACUUUGCUAGGAAUGAGAAAACUUUGAGUUUAUCUAGAAUAGAGACGUUAGACAUGCACCCUGCCAGCUACUGCCCAAAUACUCCUAAGUGCAGCCUGAACCAGAUUAAAAUAUAAUUGAGAAAUAUUUAACAAAAUAAAUAAGAAUAUACUAAAACAUAGAUAACAUUAUGUUUUAAACCAAAGUCCAAACGCACUGCAGUAGGUCUUAUGUUCGGAUCAGGAUCAUUUCUAUUUGAGUUUUCCACCACUGAUCUAGGAUAGAACUUUAAAGAGAAUUAAAAAACUAAAAACUGGAAACAAACAAACAAAAAUGUCUGAAACAAAAGUUUAGCAGGGAUCUGAGAUCUGUGAACUUUAUUUUUUAACUUUUUAAAUAUAAUUGGUGUUUCAAUAUGAUAGGUUUCCUUUGUAAUGUUUGUAUUUUAUGUUUUUUCAAAUUUUAUGCUGAGAAGAGUACUAUAGGUAUCACUUUCCAAAAGGAUCUUCCAAAAGGGAUUGGGACACAAAAUUUUUUUACAAAUGUUAGGUCUAAUGAAUCAGGACUAUUUUAUUUGAAAAAUAGAGAAGCUUUGUCUUUAGACUUGAUUUUUUUCUCUCUCUCUCUCUAAGGCUCUCUCCUUUAGAGGAUUCAUCUGUUGUCAUGGCUUCUGCUCACACUUCUAUGCUUUUUCCUACUUGCCAAACUGGUCAGAUGAGCUCAAUUAUUCUUUGAAACUGAGAUGGGCUCAGUGGUCUAUCACGGUUGUGUGCUAAAGCUUUAGGGUGGAUUUGGGGCUUAUGCCAAGGAUACUACACUGUGGUGACGCAUUAUCAAAUCUAAUCUGUCCAAAAGAAAUAGCCUCAUUCAGAAACAAUAGAUUUAUUCUUGAGGUUCUUUGAGGAAGAGGUAAGUAAAAAUUGUAAAUAUUAGGAUAAUUUCUCUUUAUUGUUCUGUAGUUAGGGGCCUGAGGCAUGUCCCAUUUUUUUUUUUUCCCUUCUGUUCUUUUGUAGCUGUAUAUUCAAACUUGUACUGUUUCUGUACUUAUGUACCAUUCUCUUAGAUUCAAUUCAAAGAAUUUGAGAUUUGGGUGGUACUUAACAACCAUUUAUACCAAAAAAAAAAAAAAAAAAAAAAAAAAA